AUGGCACCAAUUGCAACCGUCGGUUUGAAAAACACCUUGGAUGGUGUAGCAGAUUCCCUAAAGCGUCAAAAGGCAAAAUUGUCUCAAGUUUCCCCAUUGGACACUGUCCAAAACAUGAAGGACGUGUUCGAUGAGGAAGAGUUUUUCAACACAGAAGUGUAUCCUCCAAUUACACAUGAGCCGGUGAAGGAGGACUUACCCUUGGAAAAAGUCUACGGCCCGGGUAUCGAACCUCGUCCACAGUUGAUUGCUGAUGAAUCGAAGAUCACAGGUUUGGUCGAAGAAUGGUUGGACGAUUUCAACGCUUUCUUGGAAAGAAUUAACACUUCUCCAGCUGCAGUGACCCAAGAGGACUGGAACAAAUUGUUCCUGGCGCACGCUACCUGGAGAGACCAUCUUGCUAUCACCUUUGAUCUUCACAGUUUUAUUGGUUUGCACAAGAUCUCUCACGUUUUGCAACCCAAGCUAGCUAGCGCCAAACUAUCCAAUUUCAAGUUGGAUGAAAGAGCAGAUUACAGAUACACUACUGGGUGCGGCAAAGUUGUUUUGCACGAGUCCGAUGGUGUGAAACCUCCUGUUGAAUGGGUUCAGAUUUACUACGACUUUGAUAAUAAAUUGGGUUCCGGUAAAGGUGUUGCAAGAUUAGCAGCCGUUUUCGAUCCCGAAUUGGAGAAGCCAGUCUUGAAAUGCUUCACCUUCUACACCUCUUUGGAAGACUUAAAGGAUUAUCCAGAACGCAUCUUCCAAAACAGACCUGAAGGUGUGAAUCAUGGCCAACACGUUGGAAGACUCUCUUGGGCUGAAAGAAGAGCUGCUGAAUCGAGCUUUGGCGGCUCCCAUCAGCCAACGGUUUUGAUUGUUGGAGGUGGCCAAGGUGGGUUGACUGUUGCCGCCAGAUUGAAAAUGUUCGGCAUUGAGUCUCUCAUCAUUGAAAUGAAUCCAAAAAUUGGUGACAAUUGGAGGAACAGAUAUAAGUUCUUGGUUCUUCAUGAUCCGGUUUGGUACGAUCACCUUCCUUACUUGAACUUCCCACCAUCAUGGCCAAUUUUCACGCCAAAGGAUAAGAUUGGUGACUGGUUUGAAGGUUAUGCAAAGACAAUGGAUUUGAACUACAAGUGCAGCAGCAUGGUUUCUGGUGCUGAGUUUGAUGAAGCUUCUGGUAAAUGGACCGUUCAAGUUAAGGACUUCACCACUGGGGACACGAUAACUUACACACCGGAACAUUUGGUCAUGGCAACUGGUCACUCUGGUGAACCACGUAUUCCAAAAUUCGAGGGACAGGAAUUGUUUAAGGGUAAAAUUGUCCAUUCUUCUAAGCAUGGUUCAGGUGCUGAGUUCACUGGUGGUAAAGCCCUUGUCAUUGGUGGUUGUAACUCGGCUCAUGAUAUAUGUCAAGAUUUUUAUGAGCAAAACGUUGAUGUGACAAUGUUGCAGAGAUCUUCUACCUGUGUUAUUACUGUGGAGAAUGGUAUCCCCAACAACACUAGAGGGUUAUAUGACGAGUCUGGCCCAGCAACAGAAACCGCAGAUCGGAUCUUCCAUUCCAUGCCACUUUCCCUCUUGAAUGGUGUCAUGCAACAGCAGUACCGUCAAUCUUGUGACCAGGACCACGAGCUAUUGGAAUCUUUGGAAAAACGUGGAUUUAAGACUAAUGCUGGUUAUGCAGGUACAGGUUUGUUUGGUUUAUAUUUCCGUCAAGGAUCUGGUUAUUACAUUGAUGUUGGUUGUUCUAAAUUGAUCUGUGAUGGCAAAGUGAAGGUUAAGCAAGGCCAGGGUAUUAAGAGGUUCUUGCCCUCUGGUACCGGUGUCGAAUUUACCGACGGUACUACCCUUGAAGGUUUGGAUGUCGUUGUUUUGGCUACCGGCUACACAAACAUGAAGGAAACUGCCAGAAGGUUGUUUGGAGACAAGGUUGCCGACAAAUUGGAUCCAGUGUGGGGUUUGGACAAAGAGGGUGAGUUCAACACUAUGUGGAGAGACUCUGGUCACCCACACUUCUGGUACAUGGGAGGUAACUUGGCAAUCUCUAGAUACUAUUCGAAGAGACUUGCAUUAAGAAUUGUACAACAAGUUAAAAAUCUCGAUUACUGA